CGCGACCGUUAGCCGGGGCCGGGAGAAUGCGGCGGCACCAAAGAGAAAAAAUCUGACUGACCGUGCCGGCUGAUGUGAAAAGUCGGAUCAAAACUAGAGUUUUAUAUCAGACGUUUAGAUCAGACACUGGGCUAUGAAUAUCACCAUCUAUCAAAAGGUAAUGGGAACGCUUGACCAUUGAGAUUUGGGCCAGGCACAGUUCUUGUGGAGUCUUGACCUGUCAGCUGAUCGACAGCCCCAUCUCCAGUCAGCCUUACCCAGUGUGGCCCGUUUUUCUCCAUCCCUAAUUCUCUGAAGGAAACGCCUCACUAAGGGAAGGAACACCUCCUCUCUGCGUACUUCGAGGCCAGCGUCCCUCAGCCCAUCACCUCGCCCUUACCUCCCCGAGAGGGAGUGAACAGCAGCCACCAUGGUGCUGUCACAGAGACAGAGAGAUGAACUAAACCGGGCUAUAGCAGACUAUCUCCGCUCCAAUGGAUAUGAGGAGGCCUAUUCCACCUUUAAGAAAGAAGCAGAGUUAGAUAUGAAUGAAGAAGUAGAUAAAAAGUAUGCGGGUCUUUUGGAAAAGAAGUGGACCUCAGUCAUCAGAUUACAGAAGAAGGUGAUGGAGCUGGAGUCAAAGCUCAAUGAAGCGAAGGAGGAAAUGACACAUGGAGGGUCUGUUGGACAGAAGAGAGACCCCAAAGAAUGGAUCCCUCGUCCUCCAGAGAGAUACGCCCUGAGUGGGCACCGCGCUCCAGUCACACGAGUCAUAUUCCACCCAGUCUUCUCUGUCAUGGUCACAGCAUCUGAGGAUGCUACUAUCAAGGUAUGGGAUUAUGAGGCAGGAGACUUUGAGCGAACUUUGAAGGGCCACACGGACUCUGUGCAGGACAUCUCCUUUGACCAGACGGGAAAGCUGCUGGCCUCAUGCUCAGCUGACAUGAGCAUCAAACUUUGGGACUUCCAAGGGUUUGAGUGCAUCCGAACAAUGCACGGCCACGAUCACAAUGUGUCGUCUGUAGCCAUCAUGCCAAACGGUGACCACAUAGUGUCUGCCUCCAGAGACAAGACCAUCAAGAUGUGGGAGGUGGCCACUGGGUAUUGUGUGAAGACAUUUACAGGCCACAGGGAGUGGGUGAGGAUGGUACGUCCCAACCAGGAUGGCUCAUUGAUCGCCAGCUGCUCCAAUGACCAGACGGUGCGUGUGUGGGUGGUUGCCUCUAAGGAGUGUAAAGCUGAGUUGCGGGAGCAUGAACAUGUGGUGGAGUGUAUUGCCUGGGCCCCUGACAGUGCCCACCCAACCAUCCUGGAGGCCACAGGCUCAGAGAGCAAGAAGAGUGGAAAACCUGGCCCCUUCCUCCUCUCUGGAUCCAGAGAUAAAACAAUUAAGAUGUGGGAUGUUAGCAUUGGCAUCUGCCUUAUGACUCUGGUGGGACAUGACAACUGGGUGCGUGGGGUAUUGGUCCAUCCUGGAGGAAGAUUCAUAGUGAGCUGCGCUGAUGACAAAACUCUUAGGAUCUGGGACUACAAGAACAAACGCUGCAUGAAGACCCUGAGUGCCCAUGAACACUUUGUUACCUCUCUGGAUUUCCACAAGACUGCUCCCUACGUGGUGACGGGCAGCGUUGAUCAGACAGUCAAAGUCUGGGAGUGCCGCUGAAGUCCGCCUCCAUCAUCUGCCCUGUCCUGCCUCCCUCCCAACUCCAAAAGCAGCCCUAUAUCCCCAGCCUGCCCUACCUUACCCCCCCCCCCCCCCCGGCUCCCCUUCCUUUGGUCCUCAGACCCUCCUCUGCCCCCUCCGCCGCACUCAAAACCAUAGUUGACCAUGGCGCUUUGCCCUUCCCCCUUUCCCAUCCCCUCCCCUUUCUUCCCUUUCUCUUUCAUCAGUCCAGCCCUAUUAAGAUGACUAUUGUCCUUUUAUGUAAAUUAUUCUGGAUGUAGGGUACGCUUAAUAAAUGUCACGCAAUCUCUGACACAUAAACACACUCAAAAGAUAAGAAGUAUUCCUUGCAUGGUGAAUCAAACAAAAAAAAAAUUGUAUACUGUUAAAUUUGACAAAUUUGCAUACUGUUGUCAUGACUUCCCAUCGGGUCAAAGGGUAGUGAUAUCCUAGUGUGCUGGUGCAGGUGAAUUCUGGUAAACUGACAGUGCACGAAAAACCAAUGGUGCCCCUAGCUGAAGGGGUUUAGGUUUUGUUGAGUUUUCUUUCACUUCAUGUCUCCAUUGUGCUCUGUCGCUGUGUGGAUGGUGAUAGAGAGGGUGUGAAGCGAGCAAGUGUAAAUGAACGGACAAACGGAAGCUGUCCAGGUGAGGAGAGGAGGAGGAGAAUGUUUUAAGGACAAAAACAAAGCAGGACGCAGCUCCCUAGUUGAAUCACACGAGGUUCUGUGGGUGAGUGCGUGUGUACAUGUGUGUAUACAUUGUGUGAGUGUGUGUGUUUGUAAAUUACGACAGGAGAAUCUAUCCACCGUCUCUGCUCUGACGGUCAGAGGAGAGAAGGCAGGAGGCAAAGCUUCUCAUCCACUGUGUUCAUUCAUACUACUUCAUCUCUUUUAACAGACUUGCUUUAUAGUAGACACUCACAGGACCUUAAUGAUCCCUAAAGCUGCUGAGAGCACACGGCACACGCCCCCAUAGCAAAAGUGUGUUUUACAGAGGAAAAAGUCUGCUCACCUUUUCUGAGGUUUGUGUGUGUGUAUGUCGCCCCAGAGAAUCGCCCAGUGCCCUCUUGCUCGCUAUCUUCUCUGCCUUGUUAACCCAAUGAGGGCUCCCUCACACGGGAUUUUCAUCCUGCUUUCUGUGGUCUCACUGCUUUCUCUACACUUGCAUACACAUACACUCACAAAUGCACAUACACGCACAGUAAAAGUUGUGUAUCAAUAUAUCUGGAUGUCAUUGUUUGCAACAUAAUGAAAUAAAAUUCUGUAAAUAUAAGUUA